AUGUCUUCUCUCACUCUAUAUCGCGCCAAUGGGGUCAGUUCUUUCAUCCCUCAUGUUAUCUUAAAGGAAUUAAUGAUUCCAUUUACCUCAGUGGUUAUGAAAUCAGGGUCCAGUGGAUGGGAAGCUAUUGACGGCAGUCUCAAUAACCUCAGCUAUCGCAACAUCCACCCCCAAGGAUAUGUUCCGGCAUUGCAAGCGGAGGGGGUAAUAAUCACAGAGCUUCCGGCAAUCAUCACCUACAUUGCGUCAUUAUCUACCGGUGAAAUUAACCUUCUUGGUAACGACAAACUUCAGUGCGCUAAGGUGACUGAGUGGAUGGCGUGGCUCUCUGGCACUCUGCAUGCUCAAGGUGUUUCUAUGUACUUUCGGCCAGAGCGAUUCACAGAUGAUAUAUCUCAGUACGACUCUGUUCGUUUGAAGGGAAAAGUAGCCGUUAUAAAAGGGUUGCAAAGAAUUGAACAGAGUCUGGAUGGAAGCAAUCACCCCGUUGGUGCCAGUGAGACCGCGGUUGAUUUCAUUCUCCCGAUGUUUUGGUAUUGGUCAGUGAGAAUUGGAAUUCCAAACUUGCAAGAGAGUUUCGUAAACUUUGGCAAUUUAGUCAAGAGGAUGGAGCAGAAGGCAUCGUUUAAAGAAGCGGCACAGUUGGAAGGCUUGAACCUAUACUUUGAGUAA